AUGGUGCCCGAUGUUACCUUGAAAUCCCAUCUUCCCUCCAUUUAUAACAUCCUGUUAAUUGGAGAAACAGGCUCAGGGAAAUCUACGCUUAUCAACUAUCUGACAAACUAUUUCAAUAAUGGAUCACCUGAAGAACCCAGAAUCGCUAUUCCUACCAAGUACCAUAAGGCGACAGAGAAGUAUCAAUCCUCCGAGAAAGAUCUUUACGAUGCAACCAAGAGCAAGACCAGUGAGUGUGCUACUUAUGGUUUCAAGAAAGCUAAUCGUCAUUACAACUUCAUCGACACACCGGGGUUGAGCGACACAGAAGGAACAGAGAGAGAUGCCUGGUAUUUCAUAAAUAGCAGGGUAGUGCCUUUCAAAAAGUAUUUUCUCAUAACUCAUUCCUCUCAGUUAUUUAUAAGUUUGUAA